ACAUCUGAGGGGGUUUUGCCCCACUACAGCUCAUCAAGCAGCACUGGACAUUAACAGGACCAUGUUGGACGAUCACAACUCCUCAGAACACCAUGAACUGUGGUUCUACGAGUGCAAUGUUGACCUGGACCGGAACUCCAGGCGCAUCGCUUUGUUCCUGCUCUACCUUUUUCUAUUUAUGGCGGGCCUGGCCGAGAACCUCCUAGUGGUGUGGGUAAACUGGCGUCGGCGCCACACGGCCAGCGGCAUGUUGUUCUGCAUCAUCAACGUCAGCCUGUCGGACCUGAUGGUGGUGUUCACCAUGCCGUUCUUCAUUCUGGAAGUCACCAUGGACAAGGUGUGGGUGUGGGGUCGCUUUCUUUGCAAAGUUACCCACCUCAUCUAUAUUAUCAACUUCUACAGCAGCUCCUUCUUCCUGGCCUUUAUGACUCUGGAGCGGUACUUGUUGCUGACGAGACCCAACUCGCCCUCUUACUUCCCACUGCAGCCCAGGCACAAGCGCUGGCUCAUGUGCGCUGCAGUGUGGAUUCUGUCCUUGGUGCUGGCGCUACUGGAGAACGUUCAUGUGGACCUACUGGAGUGGGAAGAGCCUGGCUGCUACAUGAUACCCCAGCAGAACUACACCGAGUGGUUUGUCUCAGUUGCCUUUCUUUGCCUCAUCUUCCAGUUUCUGGGACCUGCGUCUGUUAUCAUUACCUGCAACAUUCUGAUCGCGAGGGCUGUGCGCGCCUGCCCGAACAUACAGAAUCCCAGGGACGUCUGGCUGGUGCAUGUGUACUCACUGGUCUUCGUGGUUUGCUGGCUGCCCUAUCAUUUGGUCAUGUUCUUGCUUAUGCUGGAUGACCUAAACCCAUACCUGAUGUCCUGCAACACUAUAGAGGUGCUGUUUUUCGCUUUCAGCGUUGUGCAGUGCCUGUCGCUCUUUCACUGCAUCGCAAAUCCCAUCCUGUACAACUUUCUGAGCAAGAGAUUUUGCAGCAACUUUAUCAGCGACGUGGUUUCCUGUAUUACUUCGCCGUCCGCUAGCGUCCCGGCCAACGCCACCGCAGGGACAGUAUCGCAAAAGGAACGAAAGCUUAGCAAUGCCAGCACCAGUCACUCAGAGAUAGGAUCCUAAUGAGGGGAAAUUCCCAGUAGACCAGCUUUAGGUCUUCUGCGAGGAAGGAAGCACUUGAGCUUUUGCUAAUGUGCUGCUGUGAAUAAAAUGCUUCCCAAAUGUCUCCAGAUACCCUCGUUUUCCAAAAUGUCCCUGUAAAAUACUUAGCAACAUUUAACACAUUAGACAGGAAACACUGUCUCCUGGUUUUAGCUCCUAAACAAAACUAAAGAGUCUAAAACAACAGUCCUGUUCUAUUUUUUAUAUAAAGGAGGGGUUAUGUUUGUUUCUCUUGAAGAUGUUGGUCUUUUUAAGUGCAAAAACAAAAAGCUAUUCAGAGGGAAAGUUAAAUACAUUAAAUUCUUUCUUUUUAUUACUUGUGAUUAGUGGAGUUAGAAAGCCCAGUGCGUUUAUAAACCUACCCGAGCAGAGGUGGGAGAGCGUAAUAGUCUGCUGCACCACCUGAGCGUCUGACAGUGGUUUUAAGAGAGGAAGGAAAAAACAUCCAGCAUCGUGUGUGUAAACCCCCACAGGAAGCGAUGGUAUUUAUCGAGGAACAUACCACAGUUAAAACACGACACGACUGUCUGUACACUGGCAACAAAACUUGGCUGCACUACUAGACGUUUUAAUAAGCUUAUUGUUUCACAAGAUGCCAAUUUAUAGAUGACCAAAAGUUUUAUAUGAACAUCUGUACAGUAAACGUGACCACUUUCACCAACAAGUGCUCAUGUAAUAUAUAUUUUUUUAAUAAAUAUUGAGGACUCUGCUCUGAACUGCUUUACUCUGGAAACUCACUGUAUGUACAUACUGUAAU